UUCAUCCGUGAACGAACGGCAGUUAUCAGUCAUGUCCAUGAAGUUCUCUUUUGUUUGUCUCUUUCUCCUGGUGGCUGCUUGCCAAGGAAAAUCGGUAAUGUCAACUUCCUUCCCAGGGUCUUUUAUUACUUGUAGGGACGUCGAGUUGCAGAGAGAACUCCAGACACAAUAACGCUAACAAAGCAGUUAGCUAGUGUUGCAAAGAUCGUGAUCGAUCCACAUUCCGAAACUACAGGCCUAAUGAAUUCCUGCAAGAAACAAGCUAUGUUGCCACCCUGGGUGGGGGGAGGGGGACUUAAGGGGCGUUUUGGUAGAGGUGUGCCGUGGAGGCCUUUAAAACCUGAACCUGAAAACAAUAGCCUGUCCAGCGACACAUAUUAAUGUUUAAGCCAAAUAAAGGAUUACCCCUUUCCGUAACCGUAUAUUCCGCAGUAAAUGCAUCGCAGGAGAAAUAUUUUCACUUAUGGUAUCAUCAUCAUUAUCAUCAUUUUUUUUUCAGGCAGGCAAUUUAAAAGCUAGUGUUAAACAAAACGUAGGAUCAGGCCAGGAUUCAGGCCCAAAGGUGGGAGCUUAUUUUUUGAUGGGUAAUUUAAAAUGAAAGAAUAGCUAUAAUUUGAAACGUGACCGCCAUGUAAAACAGAAAAGCGCAACAAAAGGACUAAAGGAUUUUAGGGGUUGAAGACUGACCAUCCCAAAGAAGAGAAAAAAGACGAAGGAAAAAAGGGCCCUUAAACGACAUAGAAAUAUUACUAACUGUUUUAAACAGACUCGUAGAAGCCAAAUUUUAAAGAUUCUUUUGGGAAUGUAUCGUAAGUAGUUCGAUAAAACAUUAAGAAGACAGCUCCUCUGAGCUCAUGAGAAAAUAGAACAUCUCAACUUGCUACAAUGAUCCUGGAAACAGCAAGACAACGAAAGUCAUCCAUUAUCAGUUAUGUACACUUAAAUUUCUUUUAUGUGUUUAUCGAACUAUACAAAGCUUCUGUGUUGAUCCGGGGCGUCCUACAUACAGCCGCACAUAACAUUCGCGCACAUAACUUUCCUCGCCCCAUGCAUUACGCGCUGGUUCGAUCUACAGGCCUUAUCGUUUGUUUUUUGAUUUACAGGAAAAACCGUGUCAAGAAAAUGCCAACAAAUUGAAACCGAGAUCUUGCGUAGACCAUCUAAAGAAUGGCGCAGACAAGUGCGGUUACUACAAGAUUUACGAUGCUGCAGGGAAUGGAUUCACUGUGUACUGUGACAUGGAAACAGAACCUGGGGCGGCCUGGACACUUAUCAUGUCUUGGAGUCUGAAAAACAAGCUCUUCUCAAACUUUAGGUACUGUUUUGAAUGGAUUAACCCUUUGUGGUCCUCCAGUUUUUAGGGAAAACCGCUUUUUGGACUAGAUCCUCCUUAUUGGAUCGUUUUUGGCCAGUUAGCACAAGAAUGGCUCCAAUGAAGCAGCUUUUUUGUUUUUUUUUUCUCAUGCGCAUAAACCAAAAUUUGGACUUCUUAUCUAUUUCGAUUAAACCCUGCGAGCACAGGUUUCUCUCUGAGUCUUGUCUGUCGCUUCGUUGCGAACAACGCGAAAGUUAAGCCACGCGAAUGACUUCGUAAAAGCUAAAAGCCAUGCAAGCGAGAAAACUCUACUCGCAAGGUAAUUUCGAUUGUUUUCUCGCUUUCUUCUUUUUCCUUUUUGUUUUCUUUUUACAGCCAGUUAUGUCGCCCACCUUAAAAUUUUGGCUGGCUUUCUUUCCAACAAAGGGAUAUAUAUAUGCCAAGAGCCAUGAUGGCUCUUGAUAUGCAAAUUUAACUGUAAAGAGUAGACUGUAGGUAAAUAGUAAAUAAUGAUAAUUGCUGCGGAGCGACCGUAGGGAGCGAGCAGCAACAUAAUCAGGAUUUAAGGGAAAUAUAUAAGGGGCGACGAAUUCUCGAAUUCAUCACUUUUUACCACAAUGCAUUGCAUUUAACCAGAGUGCAUUGCGCCACGAACAAGUCAAAUAAAAACACGGGGAAGUUCGCAUCGUUCGCUGCCCAGACUCAGAGUUUCCUUUGUAGCAAAUUUUCUACAGCACGGUUAGAGGUCUUACCAAAUUUAAGACACGCAGGAGUCUUUCAGAUGAGUACGAUGGUUAACUUGGGGAUUGGAUUUCAAUUCAAGAGCCUUUGACUCGUCCAGGUGUUAAACCUGACGAGAAGAUGAGUAUUUGCUCUUCGACUCCGCAACACGGGGGAUGUACAAAUUCCAGCUUGCUAGAAGGUGAUGUGAAAGUGAGAAAAUGUCAUGCCAUGCUAUUCUUAAGAACCUGUAUGAGCCGAAAAUGGAUGUGAUUUUAAUUUUGACCAUUCGCUUCAAAAUAACAGCGGAAAUCGAGAUAACAAAACAUAUGUUUUGUGUCCUAUUUUGCUGACGAGGACGUGUAUCGGUGUUUUGAAAAGCAUAAUUAUGUUCUUUCAUUCAUUCAUUGCCAUGGAAGAUGCGUUUACAUUGUUUUUUCACCGUUAAUAGCUCGGUUGAUGCGGCCGGCGAUCAUCUUGCCGGCGGAAGUUUCAUGGAAAAGGAAUAAAAUGAAAGACUUUUACUACAGAUUACGUAAUCAGCCUCUGCGCUGUAGUGGUUAGGUGUAGUCGCUUCGAGUCGAAGGUGCCGGGUUCGAGUCCUACCGUCUCAGUCUCACUGCCUAACUAAUGCCAGUAACAACAGAAUGUGCCGCAGCAUUACGAUCUUUUAGAUACCCUAGUUUAAAACUUAUAUUGCGCAGUUCCAUAACGGGAUGAUUAACUGCGCAAUACAACAUAACAUAGAAUAAAAAUAACCAAAUGAUAAAUAAGAAUUACAUCAUGUGUUGUGUAUAAUAUUAAAAAACCCAGCUAAAAAUAGAAAGUCUUACUAAAAGGUACGUCUUGAAACGUUUUGCUAAAAAAUAAAUAAAAAUUGCAUGGGGAUUAGGGUUGGAUUUUUGCCAAAAUGUUGCUUGUUUUUUUAGUCUUUAACUCUGUCCGAAUUGGUCAAAAUUUGCUAAUCAGUCGAGGUAUCAGUCUCGCUGAUUUUGCAUAUUACCUUAAUCUCUUAAAUAGAAACCUUAAUGGGUUCAGGAAGAAUAAUACGCAUAGGUCCAUAUGAACCAAAAACGACCAAAGUGGACUUCAAAGGCUUAAAGUCAAUAAGUUUAUCUUAAAGACUUUAACUAAUUCCCUGACUACAUUUUUCAUUCCCUUGUUACUAACUACCAAAUCGUGGUGAGUACCUUGUAGCGCACCUUUAAAUCUGCAGUCUUGUUAACUCCUUGUUCAGAUCCAUUAAUACGCAGGUUUUUUGCCUUUUGCCUUAAUUUGUGAUUUAGUUACUUAGUUUAAUUUUUUUUCGCCCUAAAAAUGUUUGCCUUAUGAAAGGGAAUCCAGAUUUCGGAAUCCGGGAAAAUUUUACCUGCUGCAUCCGGAAUUCUGGGCUUUGGAAUCCAGAAUACAGCUCAGGGAAUCUGGAAAUCCACUAACGAUAAAUAUCCAGAAUCCAACUUCCACUGACGAAGACUAGAAUCCACUACCUGGAAUACGGAAUCCACUGGAUGGAAUUUAGAAUCCAAGACUGUUGAAGGCACUGAAAUCGUUGAGUCUACUGUCGCGCCCUCCACAAAAACAUCUCAGAGAGGGGACGCACCUUUGCAGUGAGAACAGCUAAGGACUGAAAUAACUUACCCCGAACCCUAAGAACUAAAGAAGACUUUGAAAUCCUUCAAGUCAGAACUAUGAAAACUGCUAUUAAAUUCCCAAAAGAUUAAGGGAUCUUUUGAAUUAAUGACAACAAAGACCGGGAGCCAUAUCUUGAGUGGACAAAUGCACCGUCCGUUAACACUAUCCUAGCAGCACGUCUCUGCAGGAGUGCCAAUUCUUCUUCAUUUCCUUUACCACAGCCAUGAAAAACAGCACAACAGUAUUCCAAAUUUGGUAGUAUCAUCGAUUUAUACAAUCGCUUCGAUGCUUCAGUUGUUAAUGAUGAUCUAAUUCUUGAGAACAUGCCCAGUGUUUUAGAAAUUUUCUUCUUCACAUAGUCAAUGUGCAAAUUAAAGGAAAGACUGUUGUCCAAAACUACCCCUACGUACUUUUAAAAAGGCAUUACAGUGUUUCACAGAUUCUCCUCCCAACGUUAUAUGAACCCCAUCGAUGUCUUGGCGACAUAGUCUCUGGUGGGUGCCAAAAAUAGUAACCUAUCGCUAGUUUUUUUUUCAUUUCAUCGUAUUUUUAAUUUAUUUUAGAGGGCUACAAGUUUAUCAGUAAUUUUACUGUUACUGUCACGUGUAACCCUCGUAAAAUAAAGUCGCUUAUCUUAUCUUAUCUUAUUCCGACAGACAAACACCCAUGUCAGUCAACGACCCAGUGAAUGAAAACUCGCCUAACUGGUUCCUCUACCGGCUAACAAAGGACAGAAUGAAGUCACUGAGGGACGUAUCCACCCACUGGCGAGCCACCUGCAGUUAUGACAAGUACGGCAUCAACAACUACAAAGAUUACGUCCGUGGGAAGUUUGCAGAAGCCGACAUCUUUGCCUUUCUUGGUGCUGGUGUUUGCCUUAAGACCGAGCUUGUCAACAUUCGUGGUCAUAUUGGAAUUCACAAGACUGCCAGGUUCUGGCAGGUUGCUGCUACUUACACUCCUCAUAUCGACAGUUCUUUCACAGGUUGCCAGUUUGAUCCCACCGUUGGGGCAGUGAGCAGUGAGGACAACUUUGGCUACUACGGCAGUACAAACCCCAAGUUUACUUGUACAAUGAAUGGCGACUCUACCACGCAGUGGUGGUUCGGUAGCUAUCAGUAGUACUCAGACCAUCCAGCAUAAAAACUCUACAUCGUCUCUCUUCGUGUAAUAAUCUUUGAGUGGAUAGUAUAACGUUGUUAAAGCCAGUGUGUUACCGGUAUAAAAAGUAUCUAAACAUUAGAAAGAAAUUAGAUCUACAAUUAUAACUAGCUUCCACUGAUUAUAUCACUUAUGUCUCAGCUUGAUAAAAGGGAAUAAAAACCCAUCCAUG